AAGGUGAGGUCAACCCAACAAUGAUACACAGCCAUUUUUGUUCAACCAACCCUGCCACUCCGCCAGUGCCAGUAGGCAAAUAACAAACAUAUCACAAAUAAAAAAAUGGGAUGACUUUACAAACUUGCCACCUUCUUCUUCUGCUAUCCUAAAGAGGGAUUCUAGAGAGCGAAACAGAAGGUGAGAGAGAUGGGUUGUGGGAAUUUCUUCUUCACCCUAGUGGUAACCUUCUCAGUAGCCCUCAUCACAUACAACAUAAUCAUCUCAGCCAAUGCUCCUCUCAAGCAGGAAUUCCCCGGCAAUCCAUCUUCUUCAUCAUCAUCAUCAUCAUUUUCAUCAUCAUCGAGAGGGUUCAUCUCAGUGGACCCCAUCAUCAAGAUGCCAAAUGACAGAUCAAGAACCAGUUCAGCCAAGAAGAGGCUGUUCCACACAGCAGUCACAUCCUCCGACUCUGUGUACAAUACAUGGCAGUGUAGGAUCAUGUACUACUGGUUCAAGAAGUUCAAGGAUGGACCCAAUUCUGAGAUGGGUGGCUUCACAAGGAUCUUGCACUCUGGGAAGCCUGACAAGUUCAUGGAUGAGAUCCCAACCUUUGUUGCUCAGCCUCUCCCAUCUGGUAUGGAUCAGGGUUACAUAGUUCUCAAUAGACCCUGGGCAUUUGUACAAUGGCUUAGACAAGCAGACAUUAAAGAAGACUACAUAUUAAUGGCGGAGCCAGAUCAUAUCAUUGUCAAACCCAUACCAAACAUAUCUAAAGAUGGACUUGGAGCUGCAUUCCCUUUCUUUUACAUUGAACCUAAAAAGUAUGAACCUGUUCUCCGAAAGUUCUUCCCCGAGCAUAAUGGACCAAUAACCAACAUUGAUCCAAUAGGAAAUUCUCCCGUCAUUGUUGGAAAGGAAUCUCUUAAAAAGAUAGCUCCUACUUGGAUGAAUGUUUCCUUGGCAAUGAAGAAGGAUCCAGAAGCAGAUAAAGCUUUUGGUUGGGUCCUUGAGAUGUACGCUUAUGCAGUUGCAUCUGCCCUGCACAAUGUGGGUAACAUCUUGUACAAGGACUUCAUGCUUCAGCCUCCAUGGGAUACGGAAAUUGGCAAGAAGUUCAUAAUUCAUUACACUUAUGGAUGUGACUAUGAUAUGAAGGGUAAGUUGACCUAUGGAAAGAUUGGAGAAUGGAGAUUUGACAAACGGUCUUAUGAUAAAGUCUGGCCACCAAGAAACCUUCCAAUGCCUCCACCUGGUGUCCCAGAAAGUGUGGUUACUCUGGUGAGAAUGGUAAAUGAAGCCACAGAAAACAUUCCUAAUUGGGGUUCUUAAAUAAGAAGUCCGUGUAGAAAGCUCUGCAGUGACAAGGUACAGUUUUCGGCAGAUGGUGGAGCUAUACAGCCAUUAUUUAUAGUCAUACGAAAGCUUUGCAUGUGGUGCACUUCGAUACACAUAAACCCCUAUCAAUCGUUUAGAACCGUAUAAUUUGCUAAUGAAAAUGGGUUUUGUACCCAUCUGCGAAGUCUUUUUAGCCAUUAUAUACAUAGAGGGGCUUCCAUGAGCAUGAUGACUGGCUCUCAAAUAUUCACUUCUUAGACAGAAUUUAGUGCACUGCUGCUGAUCUUUGUAACGUCAUGUUGUUCAUAUCCCGAACUUGAGUUUCACUUCCUAUGAUGAUUGAUUUUGAUGCUAAUGUUGAAAUGACUUUUGCCAA